GACAUCACCUGACCCUGCUAUUCCAGCCCUGUUGUGCAUAGAGUGGACUUAGAACCUGGGUCAGGGGAUUGGAAACUCCUCAAACAAGGCACUCUUGGUGACAUGGAGAGUGGGAGUGACCCAGGAGACCUCAAGAGUCGUUUAGUUCAACCUCCUAGAGCAACAGCUUCCUACCACGCAACAGCUGCUACACAUACAUUCUUCUGAAUUCCCACAACCUGGGAGAACAGUGGCAGGAGAGGGGCAGCAGGAUGAAUGUGGGAACAGCACACAGCGAGGUGAACCCCAACACGCGGGUGAUGAACAGCCGUGGCAUCUGGCUGUCCUACGUGCUGGCCAUCGGGCUCCUCCACGUCGUGCUGCUCAGCAUUCCCUUUGUGAGCGUCCCCGUCGUCUGGACCCUCACCAACCUCAUCCACAACAUGGGCAUGUACAUCUUCCUGCACACGGUGAAGGGGACCCCCUUUGAGACCCCCGACCAGGGCAAGGCAAGGCUGCUAACCCACUGGGAGCAGAUGGACUAUGGAGUGCAGUUCACGGCAUCUCGGAAAUUCCUGACCAUCACACCCAUCGUGCUGUACUUCCUCACCAGCUUCUACACCAAGUACGACCAGAUCCAUUUCAUCCUCAACACUGUGUCCUUGAUGAGCGUGCUCAUCCCCAAGCUGCCGCAGCUCCAUGGAGUCCGGAUUUUCGGAAUCAAUAAGUACUGAGGGUGCAGCCCCUUCCCCUGCCUGGGAUGGCAGGGGAGGGGUAGAAGCCUGUGCUGUGACGCUGAAGACAGAAGGAGCCGCCGGGUACCGCCGGAGCUGGGGGUUGAGCCUCUGGGCCCUAGUUUCCCCCUCACUUCCCACAGUAGCAGACUUGAAGUAGUUUGGGGUGGGCCCCCCCCCCGGGGCUCUGACCCCUCCUGAUUCUUUUGAUCUUUUCCUUUUGCCUCAUGGGGGUGCUCCUGGAAUGGGCUGGGCUCCUGGGCUGAACACA